AUGAGCUCACACACCUCCUCUUUAGGUUUCAAUGUCGAGGGAAAAAGCGAAACAGCAAAGGAUAGUUCACAUUUAUAUAGAGCUCCUACCAAUGAAGAAAUUCAAGGGUUAAAAGAGACCGCUGAUCUUUAUAAAUCUAAUAUAUUUAAACUUAAAAUAGAUGAACUUUUAUCAGAAGUUCAAAUCGAUUAUGAGGAGGCCAAAUUUUUAGAGAAUAAUUUGCAUCAAAUAAAGGAGGCUUUUGAUAGUAUACCUGAUCAGCCGGGAAGUAAUAUCGUGCAAAUUAAGCAACGAUUGAAGAAGAAGCAUAAAAUAGUUAUUCCAUUUCCGGAACCAAUACCAUCUGAUGAUGUUCAAUAUAAAUUCGCUUUUAAAAAGCCCAUAUCAAUACAUUUGAUCGGAAGUUAUCCAUUGAAAAUUUUAACACGUGGUCCUAAAGGCUUCAAUGUCGAUAUUGUAGUCAUGAUGCCACCGUCAAUCUUUCAAGAAAAAGAUUAUUUGAAUUAUCGGUAUUUUUAUAAGAGAGCGUAUUAUCUUGCAAUGCUUGCGGCUUCUUUACAAGAUAAAAAGUAUAAAACGACUUUCAGCGUUGAGUUUGGGACUUAUAAGGGAGAUAGAAAACGACCCAUUUUACUAGUUAGGCCUUCCGGAAACAAUUUGAAUGAAUACUUUUCUAAAAUUCCAUAUAUAAUCCGAAUUUUCCCUGGUAUUCCACCUGAUUUGUUUUCAAUUCACCGUUUGGCUCCAUCGAAAAAUAAUGUUCGCCCACGCGUUUUCGAAGGGAAACAGCAAUUAGAAAAAGAUUCUGAUAAGACGGCUCUUGUUCCCACUCCACAAUAUAACCUCGCAAUUUUACAAGACAUUUUUUUUAUUUCUCAUCUUUUAUUCUUGCAUCAGCAAAAAAAAGCUUGUCCCGCUUUCCAAGAUGCUUGCAUAUUGGCUAAAAUAUGGCUAAAUCAACGAGGAUUUGGUACAGAGGAAGAUGGGAGUUGUGGAUUCAAUGGGUUCCUGUGGACAAUGUUGAUGGCUUACUUGCUUCGAGGUGGUGGACCAAAUGGAAAUAAAAAAUUAGCGAAUGGAUUUAGUUCAUAUCAAUUGUUUAAGGGAACUAUGGAUUUUCUUGCAAAUCACGAUUUUACGAACAAUCAAAUUUUCAUGAAUAAAGCUGGAUUAUCCGAUGAGUUUUCUGAAAAAGCAUUCACCGAGAAUUAUGACAUUGUACAACAUGAGGCAAAAUUGGCUAUGAAAUACCUUAAUGAUAGUAAAGACGACCAUUUCGAAUCGUUGUUUCUUCGUAAAGUUGAUGAUAUUAAGUUAAGAUUUGAUGAUCUAAUAAAAAUAUCCAAUAUACCGAGUAAAUAUUUUCUAUACACGGAAGCGGCAAAACUUGACUUCCCUGAUAGAUUUAUUCACUUUGCAAGGGUUGUUCCUAGUUUACUGAAGAAAGGACUCACCGACAGAAUCGAUUUAAUAACAGUAAAUUACAAAAACUUGCCGAGAUGGUUAAUAACACAAGAUCCCCCAAGUUAUUCUUCAGGAACUGUAUCAUUAUUCCUUGGAAUUAUCCUUAAUCAAGAACAUUCCAAUCGUGUCGUUGAUUAUGGACCAUCUCCCGAAGAUGAGGUCGCUUCAGCAAAGUUUAGAAAAUUAUGGGGAAGCAAAGCUGAACUUCGUCGCUUCAAAGACGGAAGUAUUUCGGAAUCUGUUGUGUGGGAGGAUGCCAAAAGUUUUGAAUCAAGAAGUUUAAUUGUUAGUCAAAUUGUGUCCCACUUACUUAAGCAUCACUUUGGGAUUCGUGAUAGAGAAGGGUUUUGUUAUUGGGCAGGGCAAUUAAAUGCAUUUAUUAGGCCAGCUGCAAAUGUACCGUCUAGCUUAUUCAAUCCUGAAAUUGCACAUCUAGGUUUUCAACCUGUGAUGGCUGCAUUUAAUUCAUUCAUCAAGCAAAUUAAUGGCCUCGAGGAUAUUCCAUUAAGAGUUUCGAGCAUAAGAGGGGCAAGUCCCAUAUUAAGAUACUCUUCGGUUUUCAUUCCGCAACCCGUGAAUUUACAUUCUUUGAAAUCCUUUUCAACAAAAAUCACGCAUUAUGUCGAACCUAUCGAUGUUAUUAUACAAUUUGAAAGCUCUGGCAAAUGGCCAGAUGAUCUUGUCGCUAUUCAAAAAAUGAAAAUAGCUCUUUAUAUUCGUCUGGUAGAUCGUCUAAAAAAUCAGUAUCACAAUACUUUUGCAUGGGUAAUUGCUGAUGAUAAAGACAGCAUUGUUGCAGGUAACAGCUAUAUGGAUGUUCUUACAGAUACUGGAUAUGUUUUUCGAG